AUGCAGCCGGCCAGAGGCUCUGGCGCGUCGCGCCCCGUUGCCGCAUCCCUCGACACGACUUGGGAGGUCUCCCCGCAGCCGAAGCGGCACAAGGCCAUUUGCUACGUGUGCCACGAGCCUUUCGACGAGGACGCUCUGCGGUUGCGGCCUGCUGGAACCAAGCACACUCGGCUUCUCCACCCGCGAUGUUCAGGGGCGUACAGGGUGACCACGGACAAGGUUGUGAAUUAUGCAGAGCUGGGCCCCGCUGCCAAGGCAGCGCUCACGUUUGCCCUGUCGAGCGCCGCCCAGUCUGCACCGGCUCCUGGAGAGCCCCCGGCGGCCGCCGCCCCGUCCAUCGGCGAGCUCAAGCACAUGGAGCAAUUCGACGCCAUCUCCUGGGACAGGUGCAUUGAGUGCCAUCAGUGCCUCAGACACAUCCCGCCCCACUGGGAGGCGAACGUGUGGGAGGCCAGGAUCGCGGCGUGCCGCGCCAUCGUGUCCGCCGAUGAGGCUGGAGACAACGUGAACUUCGAGCGCGGGUGGAAGCUCUUCUCUGCAUUCGAUUCGUUAGUGCUUGGAGUUGCCCCCCGCAGCCGCGGCGGCAAAGACGGCAAGGAGGUGCGGUCCAUCGAGGCGCUGAUCCGCAACAAUGCCGUCAGCAAGGCGAUCUCCCGCAUCAUCGAGCCCGUCACGUUUGCCACGGGCCCCAAUGUCGUAGGCAAGCUUAGCUCCAAGUUCCUCGACCAGCCGAUGGAUGACCGGCCUCCGCUUCCGGAUGCCUCUCCCGAGGUCGUCCAGGAGCUUGCUGGGUUCAUCGCCGACGAGCUCCGCCAUCUGCCGCCGAUGCGGGGGGCUGGUUCGACGGGCGCGGUUUACGAGCACAUCCGCCACUCCGACGCGGUCCCCGGCGCGACCCCCCUGAUGGCGCGAGUCCUCGCCAUGCUGCCUGCUGGGCGCGCUCCGCGCGAGGCGAUCCGGAUCCACCGGUCUGCGAGGCUCAGCGCCCCCCUCAAGACGAACAGCGCGGGCCAGCUCACCGAAGACAUCCGGCCGCUGGCCAGUGGCUGCGCAAUGUGGCGCACUGCGAUGCGAGCCUGGGUGAAGAUGUUCAUCGAUGAAGCGCGGGACGCUGUGGGUGACACGCAGUACGGGGUGGGCUGUCCCGGCGGCUGCACUAGCCUCCGCCACGACCUGCACCUCGAGUGGACGUUUGACCCCGGACGCGCGUUGCUGGGAAUAGACAUCGAGAAUAUGCACAACUCCGUCAGGACCGAGUUCCUCGAGCAGCAGGUGGUCCACAAGAUCCCGCGCAUGGCCGAGCUCCUCUCCUGGCUCCGUGCCCCACGGAGCCACAUGUACAAGGAUGAGGAAGGGGAGGUGCACAGGAUUGAUGCGUUCGACGGCCUGGACCAGGGCUGCCCGGCCUCCAACAUCCUCGCCCCCGUCGCAAUCGUCGACGCACGCGCUGAACUCGCCGAGCGAGGCGCUGUCUUCGGCCAGCAAGACGACACGUACGUGUUGGCGAAUCCGUCGGAUAUGCCAGCCAUCUGUGACGGCCUCGCCGGAGUUUUUGCCCCAGCUGGGCUCCGCGUGAAGCUCUCGAAAUGCUACGUGGCCUCGCGAGGCCCAUGUCAAACUGGUGGCGCUCGUAUUCCAGCAUCUGCAGACGUGCCCACUGUGCUGAAACUACCGCUGCCGAUGCCCGCGGCCGAUGGCACCGUCUCGGCCGACGUGGCGCCCGCUGUGCGGAUCGAGGCUCGUCGAGAUCCUCUGCUUGAGCGGGUGGCCGACCUGCGUGGGGCCAGGCUACGUGCCCAGUCUGCGUUCCUCCUCGUGCGGAUGGCUACCACCGGAGACAUCAGUUACGUCGCGCAGAACAUGCCCAUCUCAGACCAAGUUUCCCGGAACCUGGACAAGGCUCUCUUGGCUGGUGUCCACGACCUUUUGGGCGUCGACUUGCCUGGGGAUCUGGGCGCGGAACAUCACUGCUGGUUCCUCCCCUGGCGGGAUGGUGGCAUGGGGCUCCACAGCGCGUACCAUUCCGCAGAGGCGUUCUACUUGGUUUCGUUGGGUUCUGCGUUGGCCCGCGCUGCUGAGAGGCAUGGCCUGCCAUCCUCCCACGAGGUGAUGGCACGAUUACCGUCCCUUGCGUCGACGGCCGCCCCGGUGGUGCGCUCCCUGCAUGGUAAGGGUGUCCCGGGCCUCGCGGACCUCGCAGCCUUCCUCGACCACGACGACCCGAAGCCGGCACGGAAGUGGCGACUCGCAGCUUGCGCGCGCAGCUACACUCUUUUCGAAUGCGGCGCGAGCGAUGAGUCCGUCAUUGCCUGCAAGGAGAGCGGGGGCCCUGGGGCGAGCGCUUGGCUUCUCCCUCCGCGGGGACCUCAGCACGCCAUGUCCGACCAGGCGUUCGUGACAUGCGUCCGCUUCCGGAUGAACCUCCCCGUGUUCCAGUCCGUUGGUCCGUGUCUCCACCGCUCCAAGCCCCGGCAGGACCGACCGAGUACGCAGUGCGGCUGCGUGCGCGACCUGCACGGUCGCCACCCCAUCCUCUGCGGCGUGGGAGGCAUAGUGAAUGGCCGUCACAACGCCCUGCGUGACCUACUCGUGAAUACCAUCACGGACAUCACACAGCGCCCGGCCUGGAGCAGCACGACUACACGUUGCCCGAUGAUCGGCGGCCCGAUCUGCACUUCCAGAACCACCGGGGCGAGACUGCGCACGUCGACGUGGCCAUCGUGA